CCUGCUUUUUUUUUUUAAUCUUAUUUAAUCUCUUUGUUUAGGGCUGUGCACUUCAGACUACCAGCAAGAUUGAUUGUUAACACAGGUUGGAACAUUAAACACGGCCUAGAUCUGUUGGUCAACAUAAUAUUAACAUUACAUUGUGCUUCGAUUCCAAGUCCAUAAAUAAAACGUCUUCAACACAGCCUCUGUUGGGCGCUCGCGGUACCGUUUGAUUGCCAAGUGACAGUUUUACCGCAACUUAGACCUAAAUACAGUGUUAUGUCAAAAGCUUCACCAAUGGAUGUCAAUAAUAAAAGCUGCUACUUCAGCUUGUCAGUGUUAGAAAAUGACUGGUUCAAGGAAAUCAAUGAUGGCUGGCCUGGUUACAGUAUUAACAUACAGGUGGAGGAGAUUUUGUUCAAUGGAAAAUCUGAUUAUCAAGAUAUUUUGGUUUUUAAAAGCAAGAGAUUUGGAAAUGUCCUUGUGUUAAAUGGGAUUAUACAGUGUAUAGAGUGGGAUGAGUUUGCCUAUCAGGAAAUGAUCACUCACCUGCCAAUGGCACUUCAUCCAAAUCCACAAAAAGUGUUGGUGAUUGGUGGGGGGGAUGGAGGAGUCGUACGGGAGCUAUUGAAAUAUGACUGUGUUAGGAAAGUGAUCUUGUGUGAAAUUGAUCAGGUUGUGUUGGACCUUUGCAAAAAGCAUCUGCCUAGCAUGUCCAGUUGUCUGGAUGAUCCUCGUGUUACUAUUAACAUUGGAGAUGGUGUAGAAUUUAUCAAAAAGCAUCCAGAAGAGUUUGAUGUCAUUAUAACAGAUUCACCAGACCCUGAAGCUGAUGCAGAAGCACUAUUCAACAAAAGUUAUUACACUGAUUUAAAAGGUGCUUUGAAACAAGAUGGCAUAGCUUGUAGCCAAGGACUCACACCAUACACUGAUUUGCCUUUUAUAAGAAACCUAGUUGCUCAGUGCAAAGACAUCUUUCCUAAAGUUGGCUAUGCUACUGGAAACACACCUUUGUAUGCAAUGGGAACAUUAGGAUAUCUUCUUUUCAGUAGUAUACCAGACAUUGACUUUACCAAGCCUUUAAGAAAAUUUUCAAACAGUGAUCUGGAACGCAUGAAGUUGAAAUAUUACAAUUCUGACAUUCAUGCAGCAUCAUUUGUUUUACCAAACUGCUUCAGGAAUGAGCUGCAAGAUUUUCUGGAUACUUAAGUUUGUGUUUCAAUAACUCAGGUCUUAAAGUUAAUUUGUUUCUUCAAUAAACACAAGUGGUAUUUUAAAGUUGCUCCCAAAAGAAUAUUGUAGAAAUAUGUUUUUGUGUAAUCUUUUUAAUAACUUGUAUGUAUCAUGCACCUUGUUAGCAAAUAUUUGUUGCUCAAUCCAUUUCUCUGGGAUUUAUGGCCUUACUUUUUUAUUUGGUGUGAGAAUUUUUAAUAUUGCAACUCUGUUUAAAAUUAUUUUUUUUUUAGCAUUUUAAAAAUAUUGUUAGCUUAAACAUUUUUUUUUACCUUUAACACAAUUUUCUUUCCAUUCAAAGUUGUUACCUCGAAGUAUGACUCCUGACUUGCGAACAAAACAGCUGUGCAAUGCUAAGCAAAAAAAUGUUUACUUAUAUUCCCAUCUUCACUUUUCUCAUAUAAAUCAAGGCCUUACUUUUUAGAAUAAACACAACACUUGUCCUGAAUAAAACACAAUAGAUCUGACCAUUUAAUUGUAUGCACUACUUUGAAAAUAAUUUGAAACACUGAUCUGUUUAUCUCUUGUACAAAUGUUGAAUAUGAUUAUUAUGAAACAGAACUUGGAGCAACUUCAGAGUUUACUAUGCCAUAGUGUAUAUAAUAGAGUGUGAUUUUGUUCCUACAUCAUAAAAUGGCACUGUUUGUGUGAUAGUUUUGGUUCCCAGUAUUUUGAAUGUGAUAUAAAAAAAAAAUUCUGUUCUAUAAAUUAUGUCCCAAUGUUUUAUUUUUGAGUGUGCACAAGUUAAGGUGUAAGUCAUUCAAAGAAAUCCAUGCCAUGUCCAUGUUUCUAGAGUGAAAUCUCUUUUAUAUUUAUCUCCCUUUCAUUAUGUGAUUUAAAACUGCUAGAAGGCAUUUUCUUAUUGCAAAAAUGAUUAUGCUUUUGACAUUGUAAUUGAAUUUAAUUAUUUAAAGAAAGUUUUUUUUUGUGUUUUUUUUUCUUCAGAUUCAUUGCUUAGCCAAACAGGUUCCACACUAUGCACUAAUUCACUAUUUUUUGUUAUUGACUAUAAAUACUUUGACUUAGCAGAAACUAUCUGUGUGGAAAAAAAUACAGAAAAUCACUUUACUAAGUCACUUUAUCUUUUCUUUUUUUUUUUUUUUUUCUUUUUAUACACAUUGUGUAAGUUCAUUUAUUAUUAGAAAUAUAUGGCUAGAGUUAGGUAAUCAGCUGAACAGAAGCCUAAUAAAGUUAUUUGUUGGUAGUUGUAGUAUUGGUUUCCACUCAGCCAAAUGUUAUGCCUAUUUUUGGAAUGUUAGGAUCGUAAUAUUGAUUAUUAUUAUAUUGUUAUUAUGUUGUUCAUUGAUUGCUUUCCUGGAGACCAUGGUACCCAUUUUUUAAUGAUAGCCUCUAAGAACAAUUGCAACUGUGCCUGAUUGGAGCAAUGGAUUGUUUUUGUAAGUUUAGGCUUUUAUGUGGCAAGAGUUUGCCAUUGAGCAAUGAUUAAUAUUAGUAGACUGCAUUAGUAUACUAAUAUGUACAUGUCCCCACACAGUGACAGCAUCGAACCCAAUUGUUUUAAGGAGUUUUGUUUUUAAUCAUUCCUCAAUCUCUCUGAUAUUAAAUUAUAAGUAUUAGUAAGUUAUUUUCACCAAAGCCUUUUCUUUGCUGCAAGGGCUCAAUUAUUUGUUUCAUGUCAUUGUUGAUUGUAAAACUUUUUAUUUUUAUUAAACGAAUUCACUAUUUAA